CGUCCGGGCCGCCGGGGACGACAGGAUGGGCAGCAGCUCGCUGUCGGAGGACUACCGCCUGUGCCUGGAGCGCGAGCUGCGGCGGGGCCGCGCGGGCGUGUGCGGGGACCCCUCGCUGCGCGCCGUGCUCUGGCAGAUCCUGGUGGAGGACUUCGACCUGCACGGGGCGCUGCAGGACGACGCGCUGGCGCUGCUCACCGACGGCCUGUGGGGCCGCGCCGACCUGGCGCCCGCGCUGCGCGGCCUGGCCCGCGCCUUCGAGCUGCUGGAACUGGCCGCCGUGCACCUGUACCUGCUGCCCUGGAGGAAGGAGUUCACCACCAUCAAGACCUUCUCAGGGGGCUACGUGCACGUGCUCAAGGGUGUACUCUCAGAGGACCUCCUCCUCAAGAGCUUCCAGAAGAUGGGCUACGUGCGCAGGGACAACCACCGCCUCAUGGUGACCUCCCCUCCCCCGGCCUGCCAGCUGGUCCAGGUGGCCCUGGGCUGCUUCGCCCUCCGGCUCGAGUGUGAGAUCCUGGGAGAGGUGCUGGCCCAGCUGGGCACCAGUGUGCUGCCGGCUGAGGAGCUGCUGCAGGCCCGGAGGGCCAGCGGGGACGUGGCCUCCUGCGUGGCCUGGCUGCAGCAGCGGCUGGCCCAGGAUGAGGAGCCGCCGCCCCUGCCCCCCCGGGGCUCCCCUGCUGCUUACAGGGCCCCACUGGACUUGUACCGGGAGCUGCAGGAAGACGAGGGCUCCGAGGAGGCCAGUCUGUACGAAGAGCCGUCCCCAGGCCCAGACUCACCCCCGGUGGAGCUGGCCUACAGGCCCCCACUCUGGGAGCAGAGUGCCAAAUUGUGGGGCUCUGGGGGCCGGGCCUGGGAGCCCCCAGCUGAGGAGCUGUCUCGGGCCAGCAGCCCACCCUACGGGGCCUCAGAGGAGGAGCUGGAGCCUGAGCCCUCAGCCUUCUCCUUCCUCUCUCUGCGCCGUGAGCUGAGUCGGCCUGGAGACCUGGCCAUUCUCGAAGCCCCCGGGAGCCCUGGGGGGUCCAGCCCUCGGCGCAUGCGGGCAGAAGAGGCACCUGCCUCAGCCUACGGGCCUGCCCCUGAGCCCCCCGGCUACCAGGCACACGGCUGCCUGCUCCCAGGCGCACUGCCCACCCUGUGCUGCGACACCUGCCGCCAGCUGCACGCGGCCCACUGCUCGGCCCUGCCCGCCUGCCGCCCCAGUCACUCACUGCGCGUGUUGCUCGGCGAGACCCAGCGGCGCUUGUGGCUGCAGCGUGCGCAGAUGGACACCUUGCUCUACGACAGCCCUGGGGCCCGGCCCUAGGCCCCGCUGGGCCCCAGGUCAGGGGCUUUGGGAGACAGUUCCCAUGGUGCUUCUCUUUAGGGGGCUGUGGCCGAUGGCUGCCCUGCGCCGGGGCAUCCUGGGCACAGCAGAGGCGGGUUAGAGAGUCCCGGCCCCAAUUGGGAGGGGCUGUGGGGGUUAUCCUUGCCUCAUACAAGGCACCUCCUUAGGGGGCCAAGCCUGAACCCCUGCCAGCAGGGGACCCUCCCCACAUUCCCUGCCCUCGGUGCCCAGGCCACGCCCACAUGUGGGGGUUAGAGGGGCCCGGCCUACGUGUCCCUGUCCCACUGCUCAAACCUCGCCCUGAGAAGGAACCCGACCCCUCAGGCCCUCUGGCUGGCCUGUGGCCCCCGACCUGUUCCAUGAUGUCUGUGGUCCAGGACACGCCGCCUCCCUCCAUGUGUCCAGGGCAUUGUCCACACAGGGAUACCCGAGGCCCCCCAGCUCCACUGGCCCAGUCGGGGGCUCUGCCUGGUGCACAGUGGGCCUGGCUGUGGGGCCCUUGGCCCUUCCCCUGGGGUGUCACAGGCUCAGCCACAGCCGACGGGGCCAGUUUUCCACAGACGGAAAACGGUGCCCGAGAGCUGCAGGCAACGGGGAACAGGUGGGGGGCGGGGGCACCACUGCCCUGCCAGGACAGCGGUCCUCAAGCGGCACCCCAGCCUCCCAAGUGGAAGGUGGGGUGACGGGCCUCAGGCUGCUGGGCUCCUGGUGGGUAAAGGUGCAGCCAGUCCCCACGUAGCCGCGGCCUGAGGCAGCACAGCCCCCAGGCUGGGGAGGAGGGGUCUGCCCUGGCCCACCUUUGGGGCUGGUGCUCUCGGCCUUGGCUACCGUGAGGCCGUUCUGGGCUUACCCCUCCCUGGCCACCAGGGCACAAAAACCCCCCUGGACACUGGG